UUAAAAUUCAAAGAUCUUGAUGUGUUUUACUCAAAAAUUUUCCAAUACGAAGAAAAUCUCUGGUAAUAGCAAUUCUGGAAACUAGACAAACUGCACCUAAUCAAAUGCACUAUUUCCUUUCUUUCAGAAUAAAUCAGAGAAAAGCCAUAGAAAAAGGGCAAACGAACAAAAGAUCAGACGCACCAAAUAUGCUCUAUCUAAGGAAUCUUUGGAGAAGGCAUAGGAGGAAGGUUUUGGUUACAGCAGGUGUUUUAGGAAGUGGGUACUUUUUGUAUAAACUAUAUGAUGCUCACAAACGUAGGCUUACUGAUUUGGAAAGACAACUUGCAAGCGAGCGGGAAAAUGAUGAAUUCAUUAAAGCCCGAAUGCAAGUCCAUUUUGAAAACAUUCAAAGAAUAGCUGAUACGACAACAUUGCCCCAUUCAAUGCACUAUUUAAGCUGUCGGAUAGCUGAAGAUUUGGACCUUUCACAUCUUACUGAGAGACUGACGAAAGGGAAGGGUCAGCCCAACAGUUUGUCUUCUUCAGAGAAACUUGAGUUAUGGGAUAGGCUCAAAAUUUUAAGUUUUACAAGAAUGGUGGUGUCAAUAUGGGCAGUAACAAUGCUUAGCUUAUAUAUUAGAGUUCAAGUCAACAUUCUAGGAAGACAUUUAUAUAUUGAUACUGCACGUGGUCUUGGAAGCUCUCAUUUACUUGAGGAUGCUGAUCUCAUUGACAGAGAGGAACAGCAAAAAUUUCUGGCAAGUGCUGACUUUCUUGCCAAUUAUGGCUUGCCAACAUUGCUUUCCAAUAUGCAGAUAGCAGUGACAGAAGUUCUUAAGGCGAAGCAGUUGAGGGACUUCUUUGAUAGUAGAGUACUUCAUCAAACUAUCAUGCAGAUACUUGACAUGUUCAUGAGCAUGGGAAGUCCUCGUUUCUGGGUGGACUGCUUGAUGCCUGAGGACCCAAGGUUGUACAAGCUUGCCCCAACAUCCAGCAGUGACAAAACAAAUCCUUCUGAGUUUACACAAUUUGAUCAACUUAUGGUUGAGACACGAGAAGUGCUUUCAAGUGCCGAAUUUGAUAGUGUUGUUGAGAUAUCAUUAAAAGCAGUGGUGAAUGCGCUGGUGGAGGAGAAGGGCUUUCAAUCUAGAGUUGGCAGACCAACAUUGGGGAUGCCUUUAGCUAGACUUUUGCCACUAAUUACACAAAUUUGUCCGACUUUGCUUGACGAACCAAGCAAAAACCAGUUUAUCCAAAUCAUACAAAGUAUUCCAGAAGUUGGGCUCUUCUUCACUCUCCUCUAUACGAAUAUGUCAACCUCAUAGAGAGUAUGGUAAAUCCAUUUGCUUGAAGGUUCAAAGGAAUGCUAGCAUCAAGGUUAUAUGAACAAAUUUCUAGAGAUGUAUUGUUAUUUUCUUACAGCUAAGACCUUACGUUGCUGUUACCCCGUGCUAAAGUGAUAUAUUUCUAGCGUAUCAUCGCGUGCUUUACGUUGAAAGACAAAGACGUCAGCUCAAGAUUUAGGUAGAUUUUCUGAUUGUCUUCUCUACCAUUUGAACAAGUGUAUUUACUUAUUCCCUGAAAAAAGAAAUCAAAAGAAAAAGUUGGUGCCAUGUUAUGUUCCUGUUAUUAGUCUAUUUGUGACUUGGUCCUGCUAAAAAGUUCACCAAUGGAAAGCGUGACUAUCAGAUAUCCUUUGCUAUUUUCACGAUUCUUCACCAAAUUGUAACGUCAAAUACUGAAAGCUAUUUACCAUUUUCGCUUUCACAAGUUGUACUUUUGAGAACCAAAUGACUUUUCCAUGAACAAGGAAACUUAUUUCUUAGAAAUUAAAGAGAAAAAUGAAAAGAACAUGCGUCGAUUAGCUACAUGAGACUCCCAGAAACUAUUUUGUUUUUUUUCAGUGAAUGAGCAUGUUGGCAUCUUCAUGCAGAGGUUUCUGUGUGUAAAUUGCUUGGAUGUUACAGACUUUUUUUUUUCUUUUUAAUGAAAGAAGUAGCUGGUACAACUGCUUUGGACUUUGGAGGAAUGCCCUCAUAUUUCACAGAGGAAGUCCUAUCUACAGCUUGAGAUUCGGUGUCUGUCAGAAGC